UAUUUUCUUUGUUACAGUUUUGGUGAAGGUGAUCGCACUGCUUCACCCCAACUUUCCCCAUUCUUUUCUGCUAUCCUAGCUGCAUUUCAACCUACUGCCUGUGAUGCUGCAGAAGAAGCUUGGCGUAGUCAUAUCAACCAGCUUAUGUGUGACUCAGAUGGGUCCUGUGCUGUUUAUACUUUCCAUGUGUUUUCGUCCUUGUUUAAGAAUAUUCAAAAAAGAUUCUGCUUUCUAACUUGUGACGCUGCCAGCUAUCUCGGUGAUAAUCUGCGAGGAAUUGGCUCAAAGUUUGUGAGCUCAUCACAGAUGCUGACUUCGUGUUCCGAAUGUCCUACCCUUUUUGUAGAUGCUGAAACCCUUCUCUCUUGUGGGCUUCUAGAGAAAUUAAAGUUUAGUGUCUUAGAACUACAAGAAUACUUGGAUACAUAUAAUAACAGAAAAGAAGCAACACUUUCUUGGCUGGCAAACUGCAAGGCAACUUUUUCAGGGGGUUCAAGAGAUGGGGUUAUCACUUGUCAGCCAGGAGAUUCAGAAGAAAAGGUAAUAAAAAAUUUGGGUUAUAUGAUGGUGUUUCUGGAGGAAGAUCUUUGUGUGCCUUGUAUUGAUUUCAAUUUCAGUCUAAUACCAUAGCAACUAUGAAACUUAAUAUAAGCAGAUUCUGAAUUAUUCUUAUAUAUGCUGAAGAGAGGUUUAUAUUCCCAUGUUUGUUUGAACAUUGAAAAAUCCCUUCUCCCUUCAAAUCCCCAUCAGUAUGUCAAAGUACAUGUACAUAUCUAAAAAUCAUGGAAAUUUAUUAAUUUAAUUGCUGUGGCCUCCCAUUUCAAUCAAAUGCCAAUAAUGGAAAAAGAAACAGGCAUUUCUAUGGAAAUUUUCAGUCAUCCAAGUCAUGGUUAUCCCAAAGGUGCUUUUUAAAGAGGCAACAGGACUUUCUGAUUUUUUUUUUAAGACGUUUUGCUUCUCACCCAAGAAACUGUGGGGAGAAUGCCUCUAAUGAGUCUGUGCAUGGAUUUGAAGGGAAUCUUCAAAUGGGCCAGCCUCCUCCGCCAGAAGAAGGUUGUCUUCCAACAGCCAUCCUCCAGCUCUUCAAAGGCUUUUUCAGGUUGUUCACGUACAUAUACAGUACAGAGAUUAGCAACAAAAGGCCUGUGCCUGUUCCUGCACUCAGAGGUGACACAGGAAAGCCCAUUCAAAGCUGCCUCGACUUUAAUGACUUUGCAAACAACCCCUUGAACAUUUUGCACAUCAUUGCUAUCUAAUCAGAAAAUAGAUAUGUAUUAGUGAUAGGGUUAUGUCACACUUUGGACCAGAAGGCAAAAAACGGCCUUGAAGUGAAUAUAGUAGCAUUGGUCCGUAACUCCUUAAAGUAGUUAUGCCUUUUCCAGGAUUAUUCAUUUACUGCAAAAGCAUCUUUUUGCCUUCAAGUCAAAAGCACUUGAAAAAGCAUGAAAGGAUGAUCUAGAACUUCGGCUUACAUUCACUUUGGGAAAGAGGUGGAAUAAAUGGCCUAAUUUGUUUAAGUACGUAUAUAUUAUGUUUAAGGCCUUAUAGGCCAGCCUGCCAACUCUGAGCAGUUUAAUCCUCUAGCUGGAAUUAAAAUCCACUAUUAGUUUGAAAAUAACCACAUAAACUUAAAAAGAAAUGUUCAGAUAAUGUAAGUACCAUACCAGAAAAUAGGGAGUACUAGUUUGAUCAUGCCUGCUAACUUAUCACAUAAAUAGAUAUGAAUAAUAAACGAAGGAUUUCAUCAUUCCUGUGAUACCUAGUCUAACAAGGUCCUCUCCAACCUUGUGAUUCUGUGAUGCAAAUCAGUUACUUUUACUUGAUCCACUUGGAAUAGGACAUAACAUCCUCUUCUCUUCUGGCCUAUUAAUAUGUUCCUGUUUAAGAAGCUCUUAAAUCAACAUUGAAGACAUAUUUUAAUGUUAAUGGACUGUUAAUUCUAAUGUCUUUGUGUGAAUCCAGUGCUGAAUAUACACUGGUCACUGGGAACAUACCAUGUUCAGAGUCAGGGGCUGAACAAUAUAUUCUGCAUUUAUGUAUUUCUUUGCAAUGCAUAGAAAGCAAAGCAGUACUCAGUACUUAUGGCCUAUUGCACUCCUAGUCUCAACGUAGGACAGUUUCUUUGCAAAAGGCUUGGAGAUGAAUUUCACUUCAGCUUCUUUGAAACAAUAGAAUUGAGAAGAAUUAUGAAUGAAGGCAGCAUAUCUGCCAUAACUGAAAAAAAAUAGCUUAUUCCCAGGAUCUAGAGAUUGCAGAUAAUGUUACAAAGCUCAACAUGUAGCUUGAAUGUAUUUUUCCCCUGUAAAGUUUUGAAGAUUUUGAUAGCUUUUGGUUUCUUGAUUUAUUUGCAGAUUACUCUUUCAAUUUCCCUUCUGUCAUAAUGUACCUGUGUUAUUGGUUUAGUCAGUGCUAAAAAUAUUUGUUUUUACUUUCCCACAUAAUCAGUUUUCUCUCUUUGCACUGGGUCUCCUCCCACAGUUUUUGGCCAUAUGCAUAAAAUAAGAAACAGAAAGUAAACCUUUGUCCUUAUUUUUGUUUGUGGAAUUAGAGAAUGUUCAGCUUUAACUUUUCAUCGGCAUGUUUAUCUUUCCGAGAUAAUGAGGUUUUUAGUUUCCAACCCUCAGAGAAUUUAGCCAGUGAUAAUUAUUUUAGUGAAAAAGCAUUUAUUAAUGAUCUAUUGGUUUGUCCUGGCAUGCCAUAAGCUUUAUAUAGCCUGGCAGUGACCAAGUCCAUUUGCCCCAAAUCAGGGGGUUUUCUAACCAAAUCUAACCAAAUCUAUCUAAUGUAAUUAAAACUGAAUUUCUGAUGCCUUUUUCCAUCUAAAUGACAAUAUAUUUUAAUUCACAGACCAAAGUAGCAUUCCAGGGCUAUAUUUUGUGUCCCCUCUGGAGACAAGAUUACAUUAUUAGAAUGUGUUCAUUCAUUUACAUUGAGUAAUUCAAAGAAGAUGAUAUGUUGCCUGAUUAUUAUAUUAGUUAAAUUAAAUAUUCAGAGGGUACCCCAAGUCAUGCAAAAAAUUGGGAUAUUGGUUAUAAGACAAACUCUGACAAAAAUCUGUCAGAUCUCACAUCCCUUUCUAUCUGACGGUUCACCGACAAAUACGCGCUUGACAAAAGCGCGCCAACAAAACCGCGGGG